UCUGUCAUUCUCCAUGACAGAAGCUGGAAAAUUGUUUACUGCGCGUUUUUGGGAAAUUAAAAUAGUUUCAUAAAACAAAAUAAUAUUUAUUUAGAAUAGAAUUUUAAAUGAGUUACACUAUGAAUAUGACAAAUUCUGUAAGUGUUUCAGUUGAAGCACCUUGUGAAAACCAAAUUCAAGAAAUCACCUACGAUGGAACAGAAAUUUACCAGCCACCGCCAACUCUAUCGGAGACUCUAACAAAAUGUGCAGCUCGUAUAGAUUUCAGCAAGACUUCCCUAGACGAUCUGAAAAAAGAGGAGAAAUCUUCCGACGAAGACUCGAAAGAUCCAUCACAAUUCCAACCAAGCCUCUGGCCAUGGGACUCCGUGCGAAACAAACUCAAAGACGCCCUAACCGAGAUUUGCGUGCUCUCUGAUGUUAUUUCAAUUGCUAAAGACAAACGUUACCUAGUUUUAGAUCCAGUUCCGGAAGAACCCGAAGAAACCAAACCUAUAAUUCAGGUUUACGCUCGUAAAAAAGCACUUAGUCAAGCGGCGAAUGUACUACUCAAUGGAGCCGAAAGACUCCGUAGCUGUCAAAGUGAGCAAAGAAAUCGAAAUGUUGCCGAUUUCCACAUUGAGCUGUUGCGUCUUAGGCAAAAUUGGCGUCUCAAGAAAGUAUCCAAUGCCAUCAUAGGCGAUCUAAGCUAUCGAACCGCUGGUUCUAAGUUCGGAAUGAGUGGGACAUUUGAAGUGACAAAAGCCGAAGAUGUAGUUGAGGAUGAAACAACGCCUGCUGGACCCGGAAAUGGAGUGGUGACGCCAGUGGCGAAGCCUACAUCGGCAUUGAGAGUCAAUGUUCCACCUGAAUUGCAAGGUGUGGCUUAUAUAAAAGUUAUCACCCAAAAAGACCAAGAAGAUCUUUGCACUGCGAAUGUUAACUUAAUGGGGACCGGGCAAAAUAUAACCCAGCAAGUCGGAGUGUGGCAGAAAACACUAGAAUUCGCCCAAAAUGUCCUUUUUUGCAAAGAACUAUUUAGUCAACUGGCCCGAGAAGCAAUUCAUAUGCAAGCUCCCAUUCCGCAUGUCGUCGUUGGCAAUCAAAUCCGAGCUACACUUCUGCCAGGUAUUCAACUGAUAAUCUCACUGUGUCACUCUACAACGUUCGAUUCAAGCCAACCUGGACCCAUUAACGAUCAUGAUCACGUCCUAGAGCAUUCUUUGCAUCAAUUGUUGCGAGAAGUUCACCACAAAAAUAGUCAUCACCCGUUUCCUCAUCCGGCUAGUGGACCAAUGGGACCAAGCAAGAAACGCAUGUUGGCCGGGCCCAUUGCAGCCGAUCGACAUGAACUCCUCGAGAUGACAAAGUCACAGACCAUUCUCGAGCAAAUCAUUGCUCAGGCACAGCACAUUUUUAUGCGUAAACGCACGCAGUACGUGCUGGACACAUUAGCUCGGGACGUCAAAGAUCCCCAGAUCGUAUCGCAUUGGAAUGCAAUGAAUAGUCCCACGAUGGCGUGUGUUAAAAUAAACAUAGUUACUCAUGGUUACGACACAAUUAAUCGCACUUCACUAGUGAUCCAUGUGAAAGAACGUUCACUCAAGUGCAUCUGUCGUGACGGACGUGUCAUGCACUUGUCUUAUGAACCUCAAGAACUUCGUGACCUGAUUCUCUGCCAAAUUAACCAGCAUCAGAUUUCUUGUCUCCUGAAUCUAGCUCGGUGCAUGGCAUGGCAAGUGCUCUCGAAUAGCAAUCAUUUGGGAAUAGGCGAGGUCGAACCACUUGGAAAUGCUAGUUCUUGUCUUUUGGCGUCACCAAACAGUGAUCGCAUGAUUGCAGUGCAAAUUCGAUGCGAUCCACAAAUAGACGUUAAAGUUUUCAUCGCCCGCAGUCCUAGACAAGAUUUUUUCCCUAGUCCCUUGGUGCCGGAAAAGUUCUGGGAGAAUUUGGGAGGACAUUUCAAAGAGGUGAGGUUCGAUAAGAUCGAAGGAAAAAGCUUUCUAAAUAAAAUGGAGUUUCUUAUGGCAAGUUUGACGAGCUCCUCGUCUUAGUAGAAUGUACAUACAAAAUGAUUAGAUGUAGAAAAAGGAACGCAUAAUAAUUGAACCAUUAUUAUUUGAUGAAAAAAUAUUAUUAUUGUAGCUAGAUUUUAUUAAUUAAAGUGAAUAAAAAAUCAUGAAAUA